UAUUUAUAUUUCCUCUCUCUCUCAGCACAUGUGACACUAUUUUGAUAUGAGCUAGAAUUUAAUAUGGUAAAACUACUUCAGCAAACAGCAUGUUUCUUGUUGUUGGUCAUCCUGUGUCAGUGCAUGGUGGGGGCAAGAUAUGCUAUGGACAAGAAAACCACCAAGUACCCCAACCCAAAUGGCAAAGGUAUGAUAUGUGAAGAUGUUGAUAUUCGAAAUGAUGUGAAUGCAUUUGCUGAACUAGAAAACUGUACUGUUAUCGAGGGGAACUUGAAAAUUCUUCUGAUUGAGGGGGCCUCACAUCAACAGUAUGAAAAUCUGUACUUUCCUGAUCUAGUGGAGAUCACAGAAUUCUUUCUUCUUUACCGUGUCUAUGGAUUAAAAAGUCUCAGACGGAUAUUUCCCAACCUGUCCAUAAUUCGCGGUCACAAGCUUUUCUUCAAUUUUGCUUUGGUGGUGUUUGAAUUGAUGGACUUAGAGGAGCUGGGUUUGAUUGGUCUGACUACCAUAGAACGCGGAGCAGUCAGAUUUGAAAAGAAUCCUAUGCUUUGUUAUAUUGAUACCAUUGACUGGACCAAAAUAGCUGUCGGUGUUCAGGGAAUGAGUGAGCACUAUUUUAAAAGGAACAGAAUUGCCAAAGAAUGUGUGGAUGUGUGUCCAAGUAACUGUACCAGCACAGCGGUUGUCACAGCAUCAGGGGAGGUUACCAAGGAAGUAAAGAAUAGGUGCUGGACCAAAUCGCAUUGCCAAAAGAUUUUAAGUUGUGACAGAGGGGAUUGUUUGAGUGGAAUCUGUGACAAGGGUAUCUGCUGUCAUCCUAACUGUCUAGGAGGCUGUACUGGACCCACAGACUAUGACUGCAAAGUCUGCAAAAAUGUUGUCAGCAUGAUCAAUGGCAAGACCAUCUGCCAAAAGCAGUGUUUACCUGGAACCUAUACACUGCGGAAAAGAAGAUGUCUGUUGGAGCAUGAGUGUACGGAUGUGAUCAAGUACAAACUGGUCCAGAGCGAGCAACGGGAACAUCCUGGAGAGUGUGUGGACAAAUGCCUCGCAGGAUACCUUGAGUCUAAAGAUGGCAUGACGUGUGUCAAGUGUGUUGACAAAUGUCCAAAAAGUUGUAAUGGAAAGAAGCUGGAGACUGUUGCACAAUCACAGGAAUUGUUUGGUUGUACAAAAAUUGUCAACCACCUAGAAAUCAGGAUCAGAAAAGGAAGCAAUGUUGCUCAGGAAUUGGAAAAGAACCUUGGUCAGAUUGAGGAAGUUCAAGGCUAUGUGUGGAUUCAUAACUCAAAUAUACUUCUCUCGCUAGGCUUCUUCAAAAAUCUUAGGAUGAUCCGUGGACAAUCCUCAAAUGCAGCAAAUAGUUUUGCCCUCCUUGUCCACGACAACAUGAAUCUACAAGAACUGUUCCCAGAAAAUGUUAUGAACAAUCUGGAAAUUGAAAAUGGCAAAAUGAUAUUCCACUACAACCGUAAACUCUGCUACAACAAGAUUAAAACAUUCGAAGAGAAGGUGAAGAUGCCAAACAAGUCCCAGAAUGAUAUAUCUGAUAGCACUAAUGGAGACCAAAUGCCAUGCACUGUGGAGACUUUGAACCUGACAGUAGUUAAGAUAGCAGCACGGAUUGCUUUCCUACGCUGGGAUAACUUCAAAACUUCUGAUGCAAGGCAAUUGCUAAGCUAUGUUAUCAACUGGAAAGAGGCGCCAUUCAAAAAUCUUUCCAUCUAUGAAGGAAGAGAUGUUUGUGACGAUGAUGUGUGGAAUACAAAGGAUAUUUUGAACAAAAUGGGGAGAGAUGAAGACCAUGUGACAUCUUUGCUGCUGAAUUUGAAGCCCUGGACACAGUACGCAGUAUACGUACAGACCUACACUACAUCCUCAGCUAAAUUUGGAGCCAUCAGCAAGAUUGUUUACUUCACUACUCUCCCAUAUUAUCCUACUAUACCAGACAAGUUACGAGUGAAAGCAUUAGCACCUGGGACCCUUAAAAUCAUGUGGAACCCUCCCUCCAACCCUCAUGGCAAUGUUACACAUUAUGAGGUGUACUGGAGGAAACGACCACUGGUGCAUGAAAAAUUUAAUGAAAGAGACUACUGCUCAGAACCCUUAGAUACGCUGAUAGAACAGUCAGAAGAUCUGUAUGACGAACAGGAUGAACUGGACACUGGCCGGGACCAAUUAGGACGAGAAAUCAGCAACAAGACGUUACAGGGAGAAUGUGCGUGCCCAAAAUCUAACGAGGAAGAAGAAGUGGAGAGGAAGGAGAGAGAAAUGCAGAUAGCAUUUGAGAACUUCUUACAUAACUAUGUCUACCUCAAGAGGCACAAACAAGAUGGGACAGAUUACGGUCCCCCAAAACCAAUGCCGGAUUUGCCCACAGAUUUGCCCACAUCAAUGGACAGCAAAAAAGCAGAAAGACUGUUCAAAAAAAACCGCAAGUUCAAGAACUUUAAUAUCACACGUCCUACCAGACUGCCAAAAAAUCAGAACCCUAAGUUUGCUCGACAGAGAGCCAAGCGGUAUAGUCGAGAGGCCUCCAUGCAGUAUAACUCAUCUGUCCCUGGCCACCUCAAGUUCAAUUUAAAUGAUUCUCUGGAAAAUGACACAGAUGAAGCGAAUGAGACAGAAAAAGAUCUCCCCUUUAAUAAGGUCAUUGUUCAGACUCCAGUACAAAAGAAUGAUAUGAGUUACAUUAUCAGCAACUUAGGCCACUUUCAGGACUAUAGAAUUGAGGUGAUAGCUUGUCAGGAGAGAGAUCCUCGGGAUCCAGCCAGAAUUAAGCUCUGCAGUAUCAGGGCUAUAUCACUGGCCAGGACCUUACCCGACAAAAAGGCUGAUAACAUUGAUGUAAAUUCAAUCAAGAUUUACAAAAUGACUAAUAAUACUGGGGAAGUAAUUGUGAACUGGGAUGAGCCUAAAAAACCCAAUGGGCUUAUUCUGAGCUAUGAUAUUCAGUACAGCAAAGUCAUCAAAGAUGUGAAACCCAAUACUUUAUGUGUACCUCACCUGAAGUACAAGAAGAUUCAUGGCUAUAAACUACAGAAGCUGGAACCUGGAAAUUAUUCUGUACAGAUAAGAGCCACAUCCCUGGCCUUUACAACCAAUUACACUGAGCCUAAAUAUUUCUUUGUUUCUGCUCCAGCAACUGAAUCUGAGUGGCCUCCUGAAACAAUCAUCGCUGUCACAGUAUCAGGGGUUCUCCUCCUAAUUCUCAUCGUCGUCAUUGGCGUGUGGCUCAUCGCUCGUAGCAGAUUCAAGAAGAUACCUGACAGACCAGAUUUUACUUCUAUCAACCCUGAUUAUGAACAUUACAACCCUGAUGAAUGGGAAGUAGAGCGCGACAAGAUUCAGCUGAUUCGGGAACUGGGACAAGGUUCAUUUGGUAUGGUGUAUGAAGGUGUUGCCAGAGACCUGUAUGGAAAGGGAGGGGAAAUCAAAGUUGCUGUCAAGACUGUCAAUGAACAUGCUACAUACAGAGAGAGGAUGGAGUUCCUGAGUGAAGCAUCUAGAAUGAAGGCCUUUGCCUGUAACCAUGUGGUCAGGUUGCUAGGUGUGGUCUCGGAUGGUCAGCCAGCCCUGCUAAUUAUGGAACUGAUGGAGAAAGGCGAUCUCAAGAAUUUUCUCAGGAUGCAUCGACCAGUGGAAGAAGACAUUGAUUCUACAUUUGCUGGAAUAAAGGAAAACAUUAGUAGAACACCACCCACCAUUAAACGAAUUAUUCAGAUGGCAGGAGAAAUAGCUGAUGGCAUGGCAUAUUUAGCUGAUAAGAAGUUUGUACAUAGGGAUUUAGCAGCUAGGAAUUGUAUGGUUGCUGAAGACCUCACAGUCAAAAUCGCAGAUUUUGGCAUGACAAGAGACAUUUAUGAGACAGAUUAUUAUAGGAAGGGGGGUAAAGCAUUAUUACCGGUGAGGUGGAUGGCUCCUGAGUCAUUGAAAGACGGAAUAUUUACCAGUCUGUCUGAUGUAUGGUCAUAUGGAGUGGUCUUAUGGGAAAUGGCCACUCUGGCUGCCCAGCCUUAUCAGGGCCUGUCCAAUGAGGAGGUCCUGAGGUAUGUGCUGAAUGGCCGUGUGAUGGAGAAACCUGAGGAUUGUCCAGACAGACUAUUUGAAUUAAUGCAAAAGUGUUGGCGCUAUCGACCAAAACAAAGACCAACUUUCAAGGAGAUUUUAGAGGAGUUGGUCCCAGAAUUGGACCCAUCAUUUGCCCACAAGUCAUACUUUUUCAGUGAUGAAAAUAAACAAGACUCAUUAGAAUACAUAGAGGAAGGUGAUGAAGAUGUGGACGAGUCAAAAACGCCAUUCAUUCAGGAUGAGGACGAAUGUGACAUGAAAGGGGCAGAAGGGGGUGUUGACCUCCAUGAGCUCCAGGACCAAGAAUUGGAUGAUGAUAUAGACAUCGGGGUGGAUUAUUAUCCCCCGGACUAUCAGGAAGCACAGCAUUCGAAUCAGAAUGGGGAGUUAUUCCCUGAGCUGAGGAUUGAUAAAGUGAAUAAUGUGUUAUAUUCUCGUUCACAAGCGGACAAACUGAUGCUAAAUGGCACAGAGCCUUGUGACUGCAUUCUAACGCAGGAGAAUAAUCCGGAUUUACUUCCGGAUCAUCAGUUUAGUUCUUGUUCCAAUCCUUACAGUGCAAUAGGGUCAAGUGACGAUAGCAAGGAUAGCUCAAAGAGUUCCAGUAGCAGUUACGCUCAAAUGAACGGCGUCCAUAUUGCGAACGGACAUAUUGCCAUGCAUCACUUAAAAACGACAAAAUGCUAGUGUUUUUUUUUUUCUUUCUCUCAUUUUAUCCUUCAUAGUCAUGUCUUAAAAUAGAUGUUAUUGUGAUCUCAUUUCUACCAUAUUUCAUUGUUUUUUCAUUUAUUAUGUCAGUUUUAUGAAAUUCUUUCCAGAUGUGUUGACAUGAUCUUGGUCAACUCUCUCAAGACUGGUCCUGCUUUUAUCAUAGACUUUGUGUCAAAACAAGUAAACUUUCGUUUUUUAGUGAGAAUGUUUUAUUUGGGCAUGGGUUGAAAUGUAUACACUGUUGAAUGUAUGAAUACAUUGAGCUCAGUUUUAGUUGUUCUCAGUCCCAUUAUUACAGAUCUAAAGUUUUGAGAUUAACUUUAAUGAUUAUAUUUUAUCAUGUGUUACAAUUUACUUAUUGUGUCAUUUGAUGCGUUUUUGAGAAAAGAAAACUGACUGUUCUUUAACAUCUAAAAAUUUCCUUAGUGUAACAGAAUAUCUAAGAUUUUAAUUUUGAGAAGGUUUAAAUUUUGUCUUAAAUUUUACUUUUUUACAAUACUUGUUUGUUCAACUAAAUUUGAUAUAAACAUUUUUUUUUCUAAACCAAGUUUGUAUUUCCUGUUUUCAAGAUUGCCUGACAUCAUAUAGCCUGGUAUUUUUAGUAAUUGGUCAUAUUUAAGAUGUACUUCUGAAAUUUUUAAACUAAGAGAAAAUUCUGAACACAUUUUGAUGCUGGCGUUAGAAAUUCACUAAUAUAAAUGUAAAUACUAUUAGAAGUUGUAAAGAAAUAAUGAAAAGUACAGACAUUUUCUCUAGGUUCUUUCAGACAAGCUUUAUAGUAUAGAUGAUUUCCCCCUUUAACUAGUCUUAAUGUAAAACUGACCAUGUAAUCAAAUGUCAAACAACAGAAAUGUAUACAUUCUAGUCAUAGUGCUGUGCGAUGGUAUAGUGAGAAAGAGGAAAUUUUCUUGGUUGUAAAUUUCAAUAACCAUUUAUGGCAUUGACAGUAUUUUUAUCAAAGUUUGUUUUUCUUAAUUUGAUGAGAAUAUUCUCCUUGGAUCUCUUUUUUUCUCAAAAUCAAAAUAUGAUGUAACCCCAUGGCAUAAGAGGUAGUGAAUGAUACGUUAUGAUAUACAUGUAGAAAACAUGACAGAUAUUCCUAGAUCGUCAAAGUGGCAGGGAUUUAUGUAUUGCAGCAUCUCUUAUCUCAUGAUUUGGAAUUAAAUUUUGAAUUGGAUAUUGGAACUAAGAUUUUCACUCAGAGGGAUCAAAACAUACAGAAAGUCAUUCAAUCAUAUAUGGCUGUGCAGGCAGUAACUUUAUCUUUUGAUAAUUUGUACUCUUUCAGCUAAUUAACAUGUUGAAGAAAUUGUAAAAGAAAUAAGGUUUUUACAAAUGAACAUCUGUAGAAAUUGAUGGAGAAAAUUUGUUUUAUUAUUACCAUGUUUACAGUGUGAUAUUAUUACUGAAAAACUGCAAUACACAGAUUUGACUGAACACAAGAUAAGUGUGUCCAUCGACUUGGUAUAUGAACACGGUCUGGUUUGGACUAAGUUACAUUCCUAUACAUAUUUGAUCACAGUACAUGUCCUACUCGGCCAUUACAUUCGAUGAGUUAUAAGAUGUUGAAAAGACUGAAUGAAAAAUUGAGAUCAUAGUGGAUUAUCAAUAGAGAGGAAGCAAAAUUGUGUUUUACAUGUUGAGAAUAAAAGUUUACAAAAUCAAAAUUUUUGAUUCAUUGUGUAUGUACUUGGAGGUUUUUAUUGAAUUCAGACAGUUAAUCUGUUAAGUUUUCUAAUCAAUAAGUAAUACUUCUGUAAUUCACAAAAGGUUUAAUUUAUAGAAACUGUGCCUAUAUUUACUAGGAUCUGAUGUGAAAGAAAAAUUUAAGAAAGGUUUCAAAGGUUAUCAAAGAUGCUAAUGUCAGAUUCAUUACAGUCAGGGACAGGGUGAUAUUUAUACUCAUUAGUUACAUAUCCUGUAUAAAAACUCUCAGACAGUUGACCAAACUUAAUGAGUGAUUACAUCAUGUUUAUUUAUGUCAAUUGUAUAUACUGAUAUUCUCUGGGUUUUUGUACCUCAGUCCUUUGUCAGCAUGAUUCUGUGUGGGAUUUUUUUAAGGCACAUUGUAUAAAAGAAAAGUUGGGAAGAGCAGCUUUUAUUUGAAUUCAUGGCUUUUAGGAAGAUUUUUUUUAUUAAUUUGUUAUGUUUUGUCUUGAAAGAAAAUUUUCAGUUUCUUUAAAAAAAAAAAAUUCAUUUUUUUAUGUAAAAAACAAGUGUAAUAUGUACUGCAAUUGUUUGUAUUUUUAUUUGGUAUUUUCAUUUUAUAGCAUGAUUACAGGCAAGUUUUUCUUUUGAGUAAUUUCAGUCAUUUAAAGAUAAAGACAAAUAUAAACGCAUUUCUAUAAUUUUUUAGUUGGUAAGUUAUUUUCAUAAUUGCUCUGCCAUUUCAUAGACUUGAGAAAUGUUCCUCUACACAAUCAUCAUGAAGUAAACUGUUGUUUACAAUUGUCUCGGAAGAAUAAUGUGCAUAGGACAUAAACAUUACAGGACAAUGCCUUGUUUUUAACACUAAUGUAUAAAUACAUUUAAUUUUUUUUUUUACUUAAUUAUGUAGAUAAGGGACCUCCUAUUUGUGAUCAUCUAUAGAGUCAGUCUACUGUAUUAUUUUGUUUUCUACCUCUUUUGAUACAUAUAUUUAUUGUCAUCAUCAAAAAAUACAUUUUAAUACAAAUAGGUUGUUUCAAAGUUGAGGAAGUUCUAAGAUCAAUUUUAUCAGUCUGUUCAUAUAUAUUUUUUUUUAGAGAAAGAACUGGUUGUUAAAUUAUGAAGGCAUUCAGUGAUGUGUAAAGAGGGAACAAUUUUGACUAUCGUUUUAAAUUAUUACCGUAAUUUACUUUUUUUAUUAUAAUUUUAGAACAAUAUUGUACUUUAAGAAAAUUUUCAUACCAAGUUUGCAUUACACAGAAAUUUUAUUAAUCUAUUACUUCAAGAUGUAUAGAAAAGAAAGUAUACUUUGUAUGAAAGUUAUUUAUUGCAAAGAUUUUUUAAAGAUAAAAAUCAUUAAAUGGAACUAACUUGUUGUACCACAUCUAGACAUGAUAUCGGGGAAACCAAAUAUUAUUACACCAGGCUCCUAACAGGGCUUGACUUUUGUAUACAACUAUAUCAAUAUUAAAUAUUUGAAAUGAAACAGAAUGCCAACAUGUAGGUUUCAUUACUGAGGAUAUUUUAUAUAUUUUCGUUCAUGAAGUACAAAGUAGUAUGUGUGUUGACGAGAAGUGACUGGAUUGUGAGAAGAACAGUUGAUAUGGAGUAUGGGUAUGAAUGUAAAAUACUGUUGUGUAAAGUUAUUACCAAUUGUGUGUGUAUGAGAGAGAUCAAUUUAUAUGGUUAAUAUGCCUGCUACGUUGAGCUCUAGCUUUUCUGUAGGAAGCAAUAAAAAUAAUUUCAAAUUUUUAAAAAUAGUUUUAUUUUAAAGUUGUUUUUUUUUUUUUUUUUACUUAUUUCCUUCAAAUUGUGAAUUUUUUUUAACAAAUAAAUUUUUUGCAAUUUUUUUUAGAGUACUAGCCAGUGAUUUAAACUGGAGAAAUUUUUUUGUCAGAAACAAAAUUACUGUUGAAAAUGUUGUUAAAAUUGGUGAAACAAGGUGACAGUAAGAUAGAAAGGGUGUGUUCAGAACAAUACUGAAGUGUUGUAAAUACAGAUGACUAUUUAUUGACAGGCUCGAGGUCUGUGGUUAUGUAUACUUUGUUGUCUGUUGAUCAUAUGUUCAUAGUCAUUGAGUUGAUUCAAGUGGCAUUGUCAUUGGGCUGUACAUAAUUGCAUUCAAUUUUUUGUAGCUUUUGCCUACCAACCAAAGUACAAAAAAUGAUUGUGUAAAUAAAGUGAGUCAUAAAAAUGUUUAA